GUACGCAACUUCAUACCGUAGUUUUGAAAAUUGGAAAAAACUCGUGUCUUACUUAAUAAAGUCCAAUACGUUUCCCAUCAAUAUUAUAAUUUUAUUGUACUUACUUUCCUUUUACUGAAAAUAAAUAAAAAAUUAAUUUUUGUGUUCUGUCAACUAUAGUAUUAGAUAUUCAGGUAUGUGUGAAAUUAUCUUUUAACUUCUUAAUUUUAGAGCAACUAUUGUUUUACUUAACUGUACGCUACAUGUAGUGUAUUUGGCGAAGUAUGUUAUAAUAUAAUUUAAUAAAAUAUUAUUUGAAGUUUAUAGUUUAAAGUGUAAUAAUACUUGAUAUGGAUUCUAUAAUAAAUAUUUAUAUUUUUAUUCGAAAAAAUAAAAUAUGUUAUAAGUGUUUAGUGGUUUUCAUAUUUCUAAUCAAUUCUUUUACCUUAUAAACUUUACAUCUUCUAUACAAAUUGGUAUUCUGUUUAAAACUUGUGCAUAACCAUUAUUAUUAUUUUUAAAUAAUUAUAAUAUUUAUAACACACUAUAGUGUGUAUAACCUUUCUGAUGUUUCACCUAUUAUUAUAAAAAUAAUAACUUCAUAUGAUUUAAUAACAAAUUAACCUAAUUAAGAAAAAGAAAUUUCAUUAGGUAGUUUUUACCUAGUCAAUAAUAAUUUAUAUUUUUGAAUUAUUGCAUCUAGAAUGCCAUCUGAUUCAAAAAAGAGACAACAACAGAAAAAGAAAGAUGCAGCAAAAGCUCGACAAAAUACUAAGCCAGCUGGAUCUAAAGGAAAUGCAACUAAUGGAGUCUCAAACGGUGAUGAAAAUGUUCCUAUUAGUGAAGAAGGUAAGAAAUAUAUUUUACAUAUUUCAUUUUUCUCAUUUAUUGAAAAAAUAUUUUGUUAUAUUUUAUUUCUAAAUUAAUUAAGAUACAAAUAUUGAGAUGACAGUGGUCUUAAUAUUUAUCACAAAACUAGUAAAUUUAGUCAAACAAAUUAUUUAAUACACUGUUCAUUGAAUUAUUAUAGCUGAUAAAUUUAUUAUUGUUUAAUCAUAAGUAGGAUUAGUUGAUUAGAUAUUUUUUGAAUUUAAUAAUAUUUGAAUAAUUUUUAUCAUCUCAAAGAGUGUAUUUAUUCUAAAAAUACUGAAUUAUAAUUUUUGAAUAAAGUUUCACCUACAGAUAAUUAAUAUGUGUUGUAUAAUUAAUAACAACUUAUUUUAUCUUCUAAAAAAAAAAAAAAAAUACAAAUAAGUUAAAAUAUUAUAAAACUACAUUAAGAUACAUACUACAAAUGUAAAUUUUUUUUUUUUUGUUAUUUUUAAAACAAAAAUGUUUUUGACCCUAUUUAGUGGUUUAAGUAAAACCAAUACCCAAUUACCUAGGUAAUUUGAUCAUUCUACUUUUUAUUUCUAAAAUUGUUAAAAGAUAAUAUGAAAAGUCACGAUCUAUAUUAUUUGAAACACAUUACCUUUUAAUAUUAAUUUGGUUUUAAAUUUUUAGAGUUGCUCUGUAAAAAGUUAGAAGCUGAUGCAAAAUUAAAUGCUGAAGCCCGUGCUUGUACUGGUAGUUUGGCAUCUCAUCCAAGAUCUAGGGAUGUUAAGAUUGAUAAUUUAUCAAUAAGUUUCCAUGGUUGUGAGCUAUUACAAGACACUAUGUUGGAAUUGAAUUGUGGACGUCGUUAUGGUUUAAUAGGUUUGAAUGGAAGUGGUAAGUAAAUUGUUCAAAUUGUACUAUUUUGUUAAUACAUAUUAAAUAAUAAUUUUUUUGUUUUUGUUAUUAGGAAAGUCAACGUUAUUAUCAGUAUUAGGUAAUAGAGAAGUACCUAUUCCGGAUCAGAUUGAUAUUUUUCAUUUAACUAGAGAAAUGCCGGCAUCUGAAAAAUCUGCAUUAAAAUGCGUAAUGGAAGUAGAUCAAGAAAGAAUUAGACUUGAAAAACUUGUUGAUGAAUUAAUAGCAUGCCCUGAUGAUGGUUAAAACUAAUUUUAAAUUCUUACUAUUGAAAUUUAUGUUUAAGAAUAAUUAAUUAUUAUAGAAUCACAAGAUCAAUUAAUGGAUGUAUAUGAACGAUUGGAUGAUAUUAGCGCUGAUACAGCUGAAGCUCGAGCUGCUAAUAUAUUGCAUGGUCUUGGUUUUUCUAAAGCUAUGCAAAACCAAAAAACAAAAGAUUUUUCUGGUAAUAACAUUUACUUUUAUAUGUAUGGGUUGACACCAAUACAAUAUAAUUAUCUGAAUAUUAAUAAAUAUUAUUUUUAGUGGAGAAUAUUUGCUGAUAUUUUGUGUAAUUUAAUUUAAUUAUGUUAUUAGGGGGUUGGAGGAUGAGAAUUGCUUUGGCUCGAGCUUUAUAUGUCAAACCACAUUUGUUGUUACUUGAUGAGCCAACCAACCAUUUGGAUUUAGAUGCUUGUGUCUGGCUUGAAGAAGAGUUAAAAUCGUAAGCCUUUAUUUGAUAUUUAUUUGUUAAUCAUUAAUAUUUGUUAGUGCUGAUUUUCAUGUCUGUACAUAUUCAAUAUUUUCUAUAUUUAUAUAGAUUUCUAUAUAUAUAUAUUUAAAAUUAAUUAUUGAGCAUUUAUUUCCUUUUAAAUUAUUUUUAACAAAAUCUCAAAAAUGAAUUAGCAUAAUAUACUAAACAUGAAAACAACCAAUAUGAUAAUAAUUGUAUUUAAUUGUAUUAUAUAAAUGUAUUUUGUUUAUUAUUUAUUAAAGAUACAUUAUACAAUUAUUAAUAAACUUAUAAAAAAAGAUAAAACUAAUUUUUUUUUAGUAAUAAUAAUAGUCAUACUUUAGGUAAUAUCAUAUUAUAUUUUAUAUAGUUCAAAUAUUUAAAAAAAAAAAUUAUAUAUUAAUAUUUAGUAAACAUAAAAUAAAACAUAGAAUACAAUUAUAAAUUUACAAUUAAAUAUAUACUAAUUUAUUAUUUAACAUUUAUAUAAUUUAAUAAAAAAUAUCUAGGCUUUGAACUAGAGUAAUAAUUCCAUAUUUAUUAGUUUAUUAUUUUCAAUAACUUCUUAAGUAUUUCAAUUAUCUGAUUUAACUAUUAGUAAUAUACAAACAAAGGGCUAGUGCAUACAAAUUAUAAACGUAUGCACUUAAAUAUUAGGUACAAGAGGAUUUUGGUAAUUAUAUCACAUUCUCAAGAUUUUUUGAAUGGCAUAUGUACUAAUACAAUUCAUUUGGAUAAAAAGAGACUUAAAUUUUAUGGUGUAAGUAUAAAUUUAUUUUUAUAGUCUAAAAGUAUAUACUUUAAAUUCUGUUUUAUUAUUAAUUAUACCUGAUAUUUAUAGGGUAAUUAUGAUGCUUUUGUUCGUACUAGAGAAGAACAACUAGAAAAUCAAAUGAAACAAUACAAUUGGGAACAAGAUCAAAUUGCUCAUAUGAAGGUAAAUUAUUAAUAAGAAAUAUUUGGAUUUUUAUAAUUUGAGAUUUGUUUUUGAAAUAAUACAUGUUUUUCACUUUUUAUUCAUAAUAUUUAUCUUAAUAUUACAAUACAAUAUUACAAUCAGUAAUAAACUAAUGUAAUACUAAUGUUUAAAUAUUGUACAUUAUAAUAUAUUCUUUUAUGUAUUUUACGAAGUACAAAUAAAUACGCGAACUGGGUUUUUACAGUAUUUCACCUUAUCUCUAUCUACUAGUACUACUAAUGCUUUAGUAACCAGUUAUUAUCACAAAGUUUCAUUAGUUUUUGUUUUAUCCUUUGUUGACAUUUAAAACCAAUAAACAAAAUAGGAUGAAUAAUUAUCAAAUUCACAGCAAAACUCUGAAAAAUAGGAAAUCAAUGAAAUAUUUUAUUACUGUUUAUGACGUUAUUGCUUUAAAGAAAAUAUCCAUUUAUAAAUGGAUCAGCCCUUUCAAUGAAGACCGAGAAAGCUUCUAAGACGAUAAUGAUUAGGACGAGAUUUAACUUAACUUAAUGACCAAAACAAUUAACAUGUACAGUCUUUUUAGUUCAUUAACAAUUAUUCGUUGGUCAGAAAGCAUAAAAGACUGCACAUGUUAAAUGUUUUGGUUAUCAUGUGUAGUGAAAGUGUAUAAUCACUUAUUCUGUUUAUUCAUUAAUGUCAUAAAAAUAGUAAAACAAAAACAAACGAAAAUUUGUUUAUGUUGGUAACUUGGCAGUCAACCGGUUACUGGAUCACUAUUAGUAUUUGUAGAUAGAGAUAACUUUAAUAUUUGCACUUAAGUCUGCUGUAGAUACUCACUUCACAUAAUUAUUAGACGCCCUACACAUAUUGUUAAAUUUCAUAUUUUUUAGAAUUACAUUGCACGUUUUGGUCACGGAAGUGCAAAACUGGCUAGACAAGCACAGAGUAAAGAAAAAACAUUAGCAAAAAUGGUUGCUCAAGGUUUAACAGAUAAAGUAACCAGUGACAAAUUAGUUACAUUUUAUUUUCCUUCGUGUGGAACAAUACCUCCGCCAGUUAUUAUGGUUCAGGUAUAUAAUAGUAUUUUUUUUUUGUAAAAUUUCAUCUAUUCAUAUUUUUUAAAACAAUGAUUAUCAACCUGGAGGUCCCCACCUAAUUAUUUAUAGUCUCCAAAAUUUAAUUUAUGAGAGUUUAUAUAGAAAAUAUGUAUAGAAGUUGUGGAAAAAUAAAUAUUCUAUUAACUGGUUUUUACAUUGAAAAGGUUGAGUCACUGAUUUAAAAAUAUUUUCCUUUCGUGUAUAGUGUAUCUUUUUAUUAUUUGUUAAUUACAAAAUUCAUUGUUAUACUAUGUAUUUAGAAUGUGAGUUUUCGAUAUAAUGAUGAUUCGCCUUUUAUCUAUAAAAAUUUGGAAUUUGGUAUUGAUUUGGAUACGAGACUUGCAUUGGUUGGACCUAAUGGAGCUGGUAAAAGUACUCUUUUGAAGUUACUUUAUGGAGAAGUAAGUGUUUUUCAUCUUUAAAUUAUUAUAAUUUAUAAAGUAAUUAACACGAAAUUUCAACAUUUUAGCUUUUUCCUACUGAAGGAAUGAUUCGUAAAAAUUCUCAUCUGAGAAUAGCCAGAUAUCAUCAACAUCUUCAUGAACUGCUUGAUUUGGAUUUAUCUCCUUUAGAAUAUAUGAUGAACUCAUUCCCUGAAGUAAAAGAACGCGAAGAAAUGCGUAAAAUUAUUGGACGUUAUGGUUUAACUGGAAGACAACAAGUGUGUUAUCCACUUUAGAUGUAAGCAGGGCUCAGAAGUUAUAGUCAUAAUAAAGUUAAUUUUUAGCACUUUAAUAUUUAUUUAAAAAUUUCAGAAAAGGUCUAUAAAUAGUUCUAAAAAUUGGAAAAUAUGCAAAAUAUAAUAUUUAAACAAUACCUUCUUUACAGUUAAUUUUUCGUUAGUUUUAUUAUUUUACAAAAUAAUACAUUUUAUAAACAAACGAACAAACUCAAUAAUCACAGUAUAAUGUGGCCAAUACGUUUUUAAAAGUAUUAAAUUGUUCAUAAAUUAUGAUAGAUAAAACUAUUUUUUUUCUGAUUUCGUUAAUUGUUCUAGUUGAAAAUUAAAAUUAUUUUUUUUUUCGAUCCCAUAGUCCUGUUGGGUCCAAAUCUUUUUAAUGAUUGUAUGAUUGCUUUAUUAGAAUUAUAUAUGGUUUUUUUUUUUUAACAAAAUUUGUUUUAUUUCCUUUAUUAAUAAUACAAAAAUAUAUAUUUAAAAUAGAACUUAAAACUUAAAAUUUUAGAAAAUAAGCAAACAUAGAAAUUGUAUGAUAUCAAUAAAAUAUAAAUCAAAUUUGUUUCUUACUUAGAAUGUUCUUGGACUCAUCAGAAACUAGGCAAAUACUAUAACUUCUAAGCUCUGAUUAUAAGAUGUACAAUUAUUCAAAAAUAAAUUUUAAUAGGUAUGCCCGAUUCGGCAACUUAGUGAUGGUCAGCGGUGUCGAGUCGUUUUUGCAUAUUUAGCUUGGCAAACUCCACAUUUAUUACUUCUUGACGAACCUACCAAUCAUUUAGAUAUGGAAACAAUUGAUUCAUUAGCAGAUGCUAUAAAUAAUUUUGAUGGUGGUAUGGUUUUAGUUAGCCAUGACUUCAGACUUAUUUCUCAGGUACAUUAAUUAUUGUAUUAUAUAUUAAUUAUACUUGCUUAGUAUUUCUUAUAUUAAACAUUUUCACAUUCGUUAGAAUUGGAAUGUGUAUUAUUUUUCAUUUUAUUACAGAUCUAUGAUUAGUGAUUUAUGAUAAGUCCUCACUUAAUCUAGCUUACUAAAAAAUUGAGAUAGUAAAAUACUAUAAUAAUCUGUUGUAUUUGAGGCAAUGUAGUGUAAAGUGUUUAUGAAAUCAUUUAACAUUUUUAAUUUAAUUGUGUAUAUUAAUCAUACAUUAAUUACUACAUUUGAUGAUUAUAUAUAUAUUUAAAAUUAUUUGUAAUAAUUUAUUUUAAAUAACAGGUAGCUGAGGAAAUCUGGAUUUGUGAAAAUGGUAAAGCUACUAAAUGGGAGUCGACUAUUUUGGAUUACAAAGAACAUUUGAAAAAAAAGAUUUUAAAGAACAAUGGCGAUACUGCUUCUAAUAAACGUUAAAUUGUACAAUAAAUAACAUUUUUAUUUUA